UCUAAUAAAAACCACCGAAGAAGAAGUUAGGGUCCCUCUGAAGGAGGACGCAGUAUUCUUCUCCUACGAAGUGCACUUCAUAGACAGAGUGAAACGAAGAACGGACAGUUGAAAAAUAUGGAGUAUGAGGAUCACGCGUACACGAGCACCACUUAUGACAAAGUCAACCCCGUGGAGUUCACUUAUAAAAUGAGUUCUAAGGAAACUGAAGACUUUGUAAAGCUGAGGAUUUCAAAUAUUUUCCUUUUCUCUGGAAGAAGAAAUACUUCCAUGUGGGCAUGGAGGGCCAUCCUAAAACAUAUGGGUUUGCAACACAAGAUGACCCAUAGUCAAGCAUCCAAAAAAUGGGAAAACAUGAAGAAGAGAUACAAGGAGCUAAAGAGCCCUCCAGAAGGGGUAAAAGUCUUCCCUGAAACGUGGCCUCAUUUCACUCUGAUGGAUGACGCCAUGGAAGGUCGGUUGGAAGGCAGCGCCCCCAUCCUCAAAGUCUUCCCCAGCGACAAAGACAACAGCGAUUUCUUACCCAUCUCCAAACCCAAGAAGAGGAGGGUAUCCAUGGCAAUAUCCUCUCCCACAGCUUUGGUAGCAGGUGGGCCGGAGAUCGAGGUUUCACUGAAUGGAGAUGGGGAAGUGGGGGAAGAGACAGUGCAGGAGGGAAGCCUAGAGAUAGAUCGCAUCAUGCAAGAGGUGGAGGACGAGAAGAGCACGAUGGACAGUGAAAGACAGGCAAUGGAAAGGGAGAAACGGGUGAUGGACAGGGAGCGGCUGGUUCUGCAAAGGGAGAGAGCAGUGCUGGAUAGGGAGAUCGCCGCUUUGGACCGAGACCGAGCCUCGCUGGAGAGAGAGAGGGCGAUGAUAGAGAGAGAAAAGUCAGUGAUGGAGAGGGAGAGGGCAAUGGUGGAAAAGGACAGAGACGCUGUGAGCAGGGAACGGCUGGCUUUGGAGCGAGAGAAAGCCAGGCUGGGGAGACUUUCUGCAUCCAAAGAAAGGUUGGAGGAGGUUACAGAAGACAGCAGCAAGGUGAAAGACUCAGAUAUUGUGGAGAGGAAAGAGCGGUUCCUCAACUUGUUUGAAAAACUUAUUGAAAAUUUUUGAGAGAAUCCUUCCAGUUGCCUCUUGUGAAUACUUAAUUUGAAAUUAAUUUUUAUUUUUUUCAAGAAAAAUCCUUGCUUAUGUGCAGUUUUUCUGCACAAAACCUCCCUUGAAGAUUUUUGAAGAUAUUUCUGAUCAGUUUCCACCUUGGCUGCUAUUCACAAUACAGUACUUCACCUACAGGUUGUCAAUAAAAACGUUGAGCCACUCCUUGUUCGGAGAGGUCUUCAAAACAACUUUAUUCACUUGUGGUUAUUCCAUACAGAGCACACAAUAGCAAGCUAUUAGCAUUAUUCUUAACCCCAUCCACAAUCACCAAACCCCCCCUCCCAAAUCAAACAAUCGUCUUUAAUUGAUCGACUCUAGACAUUAGUCUUUGGUAUAAGCUAUUGUGCAUGGUUAACACAUCACUUUUUGAAAUGUAAU